AUGACUUCGAUGCGAGUAGCGGUCCGAGUCCGUCCGCUGAACAAAAGAGAAAAGCAGUUAUCUUCGAAGGUAAUAAUUCACAUGACGGAGAACACAACAACUAUUCAAAAGCUCGGGGGCGGAGGGAAAACCUUCUCAUAUGACUUUUCAUACGACUCAUCUGACAGAAGAAGUCCCACAUUUGCAUCCCAGGAGAAGAUCUUCCGAGACUUGGGGUUUGAAGUCCUGAAGGCCGCGUUUGAGGGUUUCAAUGCCUGCGUGGUUGCUUAUGGGCAAACGGGCUCAGGAAAAUCCUACACUAUGAUGGGUCCUGCACAAGAUAAAGGUUUAAUCCCACGGAUCUGUGAAGGCUUGUUCUGGGAGAUAUCUCACAGGAGCAAGAGUGAUGCCGUGUCGUUCCACACAGAGGUCAGCUAUCUUGAGAUCUACAAUGAACGGUUGCAGGAUCUUCUCAAGAAAAGAGCAUCACCUACAGAUGGUGGAGGCUUGAGAGUGAGGGAGCACCCCAGGCGUGGUCCCUAUGUAGAGAAUCUGUCCAAGCAUUUGGUACAAAACCACAGUGAAAUGGAAGACCUGAUCGUUCUCAGCAAUACCAACCGCAUCACACCCAGCAGGGGCACGAAUGUCUUCAGCAGGCGCUCCCACGCCAUCUUCACCAUCAUGUUCACCCAGGUGUGGUUUGAUGCCGAGCUGUUAUGUGAGACAGAGAGUAAGAUCCACCUGGUAGACCUGGCAGGCAGCGAGAAAGUUAAUACUUCAUGCACAGUAGGAGGCAGGUUGAAGGAAAGUGCGAACAUCAACAAAUCUCUGGUCACUUUGGGACAUGUGAUCUCAGCUCUAGCUGACCUUGGAGUAGGAGUGUCACCAAAAAAGAAACAGAUCUUCAUUCCUUACAGAGACUCUGUGCUGACAUGGCUGCUAAAAGACAGCCUGGGUGGAAACUCCAAGACUACUAUGAUAGCAACCAUUUCUCCUGCCCAUGUGAACUACAUGGAGACCCUGAACACUUUGCGCUUUGCCAAUCGAGCUAAAAAAAUAGUGAACUUUCCCAUAGUGAAUGAAGAUGGCAGCAUGAAGGUGAUCAGAGAGCUGCAGGCAGAGGUUACCAGACUCCAGCAACUACAAAAAGAAGCCACUCAGGUCCUGUGUGUUCAAUCAUUAUCCUCUGUGAAAGUAAAGGAGGAGCUGAAUCAGAAGGAGGCAAAGGUGAUAGUGCUGACCAAGAAUAGAAGCAGCAAGUGGAGGGAGACUCUGAGUAUUCUGCAGGAGGAGAUGGUGGCUCUGAGGAAGGAGGGGAGUGGAGUGUUCUUGGACUGCUGUUUACCUCACCUCAUUGGUGUUGAAGAUGGAAUUAUCCUCUAUUACUUGAAAGAGGGCAGAACCACAAUUGGGAGUCUUGAUGCAUCAUGCACUCAGGAUAUCGUGCUUCGUGGGCCUGGGCUCCUCAGUGAACAUUGUGUGCUUGAGAACAGUGCAGGGACUGUAACCCUGUUCCCUCAGGAUGGUGCACUGUGUUCGGUCAAUGGCUCUGCAGUCACCAAUCCUUGCCAGCUGACUCAGGGUGCCAUCGUACAGCUUGGAAAAAGUGCAGCAUUCCGGUUUAACCAGCCAACUGCUUCCCAACUGAGACAGGAAUACCAGAGUGGAAUGCCAUCUGUGUUCAGCCCAUCUGUGACUGAGUCGUCCAAAUCUACUGAGAAUUUGUCCAAGGCGAUGGUGCAAAAUCGAGGCCAACAUGUCCAUCUGGCUAAAGCCUCAAGCGUCUGUCUUGCCUCUGCCCCAGCAAAGAAGUUCAUGACUGCAGACACUAGGCUACCAAGAAAAUAUAGCAUCCCUCACACUAGUUUUGAAUUGAAUGGAGAGAUGUUGCAGAAUGGAGUAAGUGCCAGGGAUGGCCAGGAGCAGGAGAGGGACUUGUGUCAUAAAUCAGGGCCUGGGCUCAAGUCUGAGAGGAAAGCUCUAAGUGGGACUGGAGUUGCAAGCUAUAAGGGAGAAGAGGGCUGGUCAGGGGAUGCCAACCUCCAGCAGACAAGUGUCCUGGGCCUGGGUGAUGGAUGUGGCACGAAGCCAGAGGGGAAUGCUAAUGAGAUCCAAGAUGUCGGUACUGAGAGCUACAAGGGGGGACCUCGCUCUGGUGGGAGCUCAUUAAGCAGCAUGUCCCACCUGCAGAGCAGUGGAGGAACCAGCUCCGUGUCUAUCCUCCCACAGAGCAGCACUCAUUCUCAGCUUGACACAAUGCCUCUUGACAGUCACACAAGCUGCUGUCCACCCAAAGAAACCGCCUUCACGAGGGAGUGUAUCUGUGAAGAGAUGGAUGAAUCUGAAAAUUUAGAGAAGAUCCCUGAAGUGUGUGUGACAGGGACUGCAGCAGCCACAGUUCGAAAUUUGAGGCUGAGCUCUUUGUUCAACGGUGUUUCUUGGAUUGUCCAGGAUGCAGGACGUCUCCUUUGGAGCUCUUCCACAGUAUUGCAGCAAGUCACAGAAUUCAGAUUUCAACCUAUUGCAGCCUGCUGGUCCACCAAUUUUGUCUCUUUGGUAAGAAAAAGUAAUGUUGUGUCUGUUGUGAGGGACAGCCGCAUCUUCUCUAUGUUUAGAGGGAGCUUUAUCUUCUCCCUGUUAAGGGACAGUCACAUUUUUUCUAUGGUGAAAGAACUGCCUCUCAUACAGCACAUCCAGAUGGAUAUAACUCAGCUCCUUCAGUCUGAGGAAGCUGCUCAGAUGAUUCAAGGCUGCAUUAAUCCCGAAAACGCACAACUCUCUGUCCUGACACCAACACAAACCUUGAGUAAGGCAGAAGAUGUGCAGCUAGUCUCUGAGGAAAUCUUGAAAAAGAAUACAAAUAUCUGGGAUAUGGAGUCAACACAAAAGCAAAACAUGGUUGAUAGUCAUGCAAAACAAGGACAUGAACUUAUCACAGAGCUGUUGCUACUGAAACACAGCAGUGUGAGAGAGGUUACUCAUGCGCCUGGAAACUCAGUGACUGUUCAGAUUGUCAUUCAAACAUUGAUAACAUUUCCUGAUUCCCUUGCGAACCUGCAAACCCUCCCACUUCAAGACAUGAUAGACAGUAUACAGUCUGUCAUCUCCACUUCAGUGCUCUCAACUGAGAAGAUUGUAGCUCUCUACUGGCUGAAUGUAGCUAAAUGCAACCAACCAGAUCCCCAGUCCGCCCUCCUGAUCCUGAUGGAAUCUGCCCUCUACACACUAACUUCUGACUCUGGGCUCCUGGUUUUGUUCCAUCACCUCCCUUUGUUGCAGUUGAAAGAGAUUCAGAUAGGUUUAGCAGGCCACAGUCUGCGUUUGAUAGGUGCUAUAGAGGAAAGCAUCUUUGUUGCUUAUACCUACAGCCAAAAGCAUACUAAGGACCUGUGUAGGGCUAUACUUGACAUCAUCUGCCCUGGGGACAGCAGGGUAUCUCAGUACCCACCGCUCCAUGGAAACUUAAUGGAAAUGUCUUUAGGCUGGCAGGUCAAUGUACCUGAGCUGCUGCUGGAUGCUGGUUUAAGGGUUUGCUGUCAAUUUCAAAAGAGUCUUGCUGAUCUGAUUUACCUCUUUCAUUGUAACAUGAAUCAAGAAACUGUCACACUGGGAGAGGUGCAGCUAAAACUUUACACAAGUGUAGCAGUGCACAUCGGCACUAGUACCCCCAGUGAGCGUGUGGCCCAGUUUUUACUCACAGAUACGCACCUUGGUCUGGUGUGGGAGGAUGCUGUCUGUCACCCACGUUCACACUCUGUCACCACAGCUCCCUGCCGUCCACAUUUUCAUGUCUUAACUCUUCGUCGGUGCUCUGAUGUUCGCUGGAUGCUGGUACACGAUGGAGACGAGAACCGGCCUGUCAGGCUGGAUGUAAUCUUUGUAAAAGCGAGGGGCAGGGGUCACCCUGAAAGCGUGACUAAGGCAGCUACCCCGGCUGCAUAUGCUUUAAAUUCAUCUCCGCGUGCAGAAGUGUGGAAAUUAACUUUCAGUUGCUCUGCUGAGGCUGCCUGCCUGAUUAAUCACUUGUCAAAUGUCUGAUCAAGGACUGAGCGGCCAGUAAUGAACAGCCCAGCUUGAAAACUCACUCACAGGGAGCAAUGGCAAAAGUGCAUCCCA